AUGAAUAUUAGCGAUUCUUAAAAAAGAAAGCCAAGCUCUUUAAAUGUUUCAAAAAGCAUUCAUGAUGUUAGCAUCAGUGUUUCUUAGAAAAAAUCAAAAGACAUAAACAUUGGAGAUUAAGUAGAAAUUUAGCUUGAAAAAAGUUUAAAAAAGAACUCAGAUGAAUAAAUGAAUAUUUUUUAAAAACGAAAGUCAAAUUUAUAGUUUAACCAACCAUUUUAGAGCGAAAAUUAAAAAAAAUUGGUUUAAGAAAACGAAAUUAUGUUAAAAGGCUAAGAUUAAAAUAUAGAAAUAGAUAUAGAAAAUGAAUACCCCAAAGAUGAAAUUAAAGAAGAGAAAGAUGAUGACAAAAACUAAAUUGCUAAAUUUUAUGAGCAAGAAAAUGAUUCAAAUAAUGAUAAAAUUUAUAUAUAUUUUUUGAUAUACAUGUUUAACCUAGUAAUGAUGGUAUUUCUAUGUAAUGAAUACAACUAAAAUUAAUUAAACAGAUACUUAAUUGCAUAGAUAUUUUUUAUUAUUUUAGAACGAAUUGGAAAGUUUAUAUUAUUUUCCUCUUUAGAUUUACCAUAGCUUUUAGUUUGGAAUGGACUAUUCUUAGAUUAUGUGGCUAUUAUUAAUUAUGAAAACUAAAGAAAAUUAAAGAGAAAUUACAAUUUGUAUAAUGUUAUAGUGAAGAGAAUUGAUAUAAUUAUAGCUUCUAAAUUUAUUGAAUCUACAGUUUUAUCAGGACCUUCUCUGUUGUUAGUAAUAUCUGCUUGUGUUUAAGAUACUGUUAGUACAAUUUAUAUCCUUUCUGCCAUAUCUUCAUUAGCUAAUCUUAUACUUGCUAAUAAAGAACUAAUGGAAUUUUAAAUAAUACAGUGUAAAUUUAACAGCCUUACAAAUGAAAUAAGAAACCGCUUUUUCUAAACGUAUGCAAAUCACAUUAAGGAUUUAACUACUAUUUUAAUUAAUAUUGGAGCACAAGCUGGACUUUGGAUGGUCUGCACUCAAAUAAAUAAUUUUAUACUAAUGCAUGCUUUUUUAUCAUUUGUUUAUAUAGCAGCAAUUACUUUUACUGUUGUUUAUAAAAGCUUUCAAAGAGAAAAGAAACUAGCUCUUUAAGAAAAGAGUUAAAUUGAUAUAAGAACUAUAACAGCUAUGAUUGGAUUAGGAUUGAGUUUUACAGUGUUUGUUCUAUUUUACUGUGUUUUCUUUUUCUUGAAGCUAAAAAAAGUAUUAUAUAGUUAUUUGAUAGAAAACUCUACUUCUUAGUAAAAAAAAUUUACUGAAUAUAUUGAGUUUCUUUAAUAAUCAAGUGAAUCCAUAAAAUAAAUGAAACCGCCUUCAGAGAAUUUAAUAUUUGCUGACUACAAAUUCUACUAAUUUUCAUUAGCAUUCAAGGCCUUAGCUUUCUACAGAGCUUAUUCUAUUUGCAACACUAUUAUUCUACUGGCACUUGAUAUUAAAAAUAACAUAUAAAAUGGAUAAUAUAUGCUAAUUAGGAUUGUUGCAUAUAUAUGCAGCAUUAUUAUAUUUUUUCAUUUAUUUUUAAUGAAAAGAGACUACUUUCUCUAUAAGCAAAUUAAAAAUGAAAAAUAUUAAGGUAUUAUACUAACUAGAAUUCUCAAGAAAUCUAAAAUACCUUACAACAUUUUAAUAGAAUUAAAAGAAGAUAAUAAAAUUUUACCUCCUAAUUUGAUUAGUUAAAAUGUAUCUUAGUAAAAAGAUUAGAUUGUCAAUGAGCUAAAAGAAGAAUAAAUUGAAAUUCCUUAAGUAGUUCAAUAGGAAAUUAAAAAUAAAGAAGAUGAAGAUGUCUAAUAAGAACCAUAAAUUAAAUAGCCAACAAAUAUGCAAUACAACAUAUUUAAUAAACUUAAAAAAAAUUAGAAAUAAGAUGACAUAUAGCUUUGA